AGUUACGGUCUCUUUAAAACUUUAACCCAUCACGUCCCGUGGGGAAAUCAUCUCGGAGUAGUUCACUGUUUACGUCGGUGUCUGCCAUGGCGCAGAAUUCGGAUUCUCUGUACCUGGGAUUUGACUUCAGCACUCAACAGCUCAAGGUUGUGGCUAUUGACGGAGGGCUGAAUGUGGUGUACCAGAACAAUGUCCAGUUUGACCGUGAGCUGCCCGAGUUCAGGACCCAAGGAGGAGUCCAUGUCCAGGCUGACAGACUGACGGUCACUUCCCCAGUCCUUAUGUGGGUGAAGGCCCUGGGCCUGCUUCUGGAGAAGAUGAGAAUCGAUGGAUUCCACUUCUCCCAUGUGAAGGCCCUCUCUGGGAGUGGCCAGCAACAUGGCAGUGUGUACUGGAGGAGAGGAUCCAGCCAGACCCUUAGACAGAUGGAGCCUGGAAAGAGUCUGCAUCAGCUGCUGCAGGUAGACGUCUGUCUGUCUGUCUGUCUGUUGGUCUAUGAGGUUUGUAUUUGUAUUUGUAGAGUUAUGUGUUUCUGGAGUUGUGUGUGUGUGUGUGUGGUGUGUCUGCAGAGCAGCUUCUCAGUGGUAGACAGCCCAGUGUGGAUGGACUCCAGCACCACACACCAGUGUCAGAACUUGGAGGCAGCAGUAGGGGGCGCUCAGAGGCUGGCUGAUAUCACCGGCUCCAGAGCCUAUGAGCGUUUCACAGGAAAUCAGAUUGCCAAGAUCCACAAAACCAAGACUGACCAAUACAUAAACACCGAGAGAAUUUCAUUGGUCAGUAGUUUUGCAGCGUCGCUGUUCCUCGGAGGCUAUGCUGCAAUAGAUUACAGUGAUGGUUCUGGUAUGAACCUGAUGGACAUCACUUCCAGGACCUGGGCUCCACGCUGCCUGGAGGCUGUAGCACCAGGCCUGCAGGACCUGCUGGGAGAUCCACAGUCUUCUACUGCUGUUCUGGGCUCGGUCUCGUCCUACUACGUGUCUCGGUACGGCUUCUCACAGGACUGCAGAGUGGUGGCCUUCACUGGAGACAACCCAGGAUCCCUGGCUGGGAUGAGACUACAGGAAGGAGACGUUGCUGUGAGUCUGGGCACCAGUGACACAGUGUUUCUGUGGAUCACAGAACCUCAUCCAACCAUUGAGGGACACAUUUUCUGCAACCCUAUAGACUGUCAGUCCUACAUGGCCUUGAUAUGCUUCAAGAACGGCUCCCUGACCAGAGAACGAAUCAGGAACGAGUGUGCUGGAGGAUCAUGGGAAGCUUUCUCCUUGGCCCUGCAGUCCACGCCUCCGGGUAACCACGGCAACAUAGGGAUUUAUUUUGACACCAUGGAGAUCACUCCAUCAGCAAUGGGAGUUCACAGACUGGACAAGGACGGCAAUGAGGCUCCGGGGUUCCCCCCCCAGACAGAGAUCAGAGCUCUCCUGGAGGGUCAGUUCCUGGCAAAGAGGCUACAUGCUGAGAGACUGGGCUACAGGAUCAUUCCAGGUACCAGAGUUCUGGCCACGGGAGGUGCCUCCUCCAAUCAGGAUAUCCUGCAGGUCUUGUCAGAUGUUUUCAGUGCACCAGUCUACACCAUUGAUGUGGCCAACUCUUCCUGUCUGGGUUCUGCAUACAGGGCCCUGCAUGGCUUGGUUGCUGACCAGGGUGUUUCGUUCUCUGAUGUGGUCCAGAAAGCUCCGGAACCCAAACUAGCUGUGACGCCCACACCUGGCUCACAAGAGGUGUUCCAGCUACUGUUGAAGCGCUACGCUGAGUUGGAGAAGAAGAUUCUACAGGAGUCCUACCCCUGACCCAGCUUGACAAAUCGGCUCAGCUCAACGUCCUGUCUUUGUACUGAUUGGAGAUGUUGUCAAGGGAAGAACAAAACACAGCAGUGUCUUUCAAGUCAUUCCAACUGCCUCAUUAGAUGGAAGGAAGUUGUUAACUUGACUGAUUUAUUGGUUGUAUGAUUAAUUGAUUGAUGCAGUCUGUACAUGAGUCUUGUGAGAUGGACCAACUUUUGUCAUUUCAGGGUUGUGUGUGUGUGUGUGUGUGUGUGUGUGUGUGUGUGUGUGUGUGUGUGUGUGUGUGUGUAUGUUUUGUAUGUUCUACCUCUCUGUGUGAGAACACUGAUGUUCUCACCAGUGUCCAUGAUCCACAAUUACUAAUGUUAGGAUGAACCUGGUUAACCACACACCUGUAUUCUGCAGCCUGGAUAUCCACAAACAAUAAAAUGUAUGUAUAAAAGCACAUUGAGCUGCAAUUCUUGUAUGAAAUGUGCUAUA